UUCGGGCCACAGCUUUCUCGUCAGUUUCCCACAAGUCAGCAGUUGAGUAGUUGCAACUAUGGGUAAAGUCUCACAAGUAUUUCGUUCGAAUUUUGCGGAACAUUUACGUUUCGGCCAUUGUUUUGAAAUUUGCGGCAAGGCCAAAGAAGGUGCUAAAAGUUUCCACAUUUCCCUUGGCACGGACAUAUUGGCAUCAGAAGAGAAUCUCAAAAUCGGCCUGCAUUUUGUUGCCGAUUUCGAGGCGAAUCAAAUAAUUCUGAGGAAAUUUCUCAACCAAAAAUGGUGUGAAGAAGAACGCUAUGACUGUGAAACGUCGCAAUUUUUCCAAGAAUUCCGAAUCUAUAUUGCCUUGGCUGAUGGAAAAUUUCACCUGAGCAUCAAUGGUCAGGCGCUGGCAAGCUAUAAUUAUAGCAUUCGUCUAUCAUUGCUUACCGUAAUGAAUAUCUCGGGAGAUUUGGAAUAUAUCCGACAAAUGGAUCAUCGCAAAUAUUUCCCUUACAUAUGGCCGCCCAUCCAAAUUCUCGAGGAUCGUCUACAGUUUAGUGCCGAUGUACCGAUGCCCUUCGAAUCGGGUAAUGUUGUGUGUAUUUCCGCCCAAUUGGAGGGCAAUGAGAGUGGUCGGUUUAUUGUACAUUUGCGAAACAUCUGGGAUAUGGAAAGACAGGAGUUGCAUUUCAGUGUGCGCUUUGACACCCGAACUGUGGUGAGAACUUCCAAGACCAUUGUGGAGGAGGAGCAUUACAGUUUCGAUGUAGAGGAUGCUGGAGACAUUGAAUUUCCCUUUGCUGAGUUCAACGCGCCCUUUAAACUGGCCUUUGGUUUCGUGGAGAAUAAGGUGAAAAUUGCCAAAGACGGUGUCGCCUUGUGUCAAUUUGCCUUUAGGACACCCAAUGUUUUACCCUUUGUGGGUGGAUUGAAAAUUUUCGGCAUUGAUGGAGUCCAGGUCAAAGUUAGCGAAAUUGAAUACACCAAACUCGAUGCCAGUUGUACGGAUUUUGAGAAUCUCUCACAAUAGUUAUAUUUAAGCAAUAAAAAAAAACAAAUAAAAUACUGAUCUCAAAUGAA